AACCUAUAUAGUACACACACACACAUUUUUUCACGUAGGAAAAGUGGAACAAAAUUAAGGUCUCGUUGUCUCAUUAAUUAUAACAAAAUGAAUAAUGGCAAAAUGUGUACACGGGUGAUGCUGAUUUGGGUGUUAAUGGUAGUAAUUAGCAUGAGUGUAAUUAGCUUAGUAGAUGCACAAGUGCUUCCACCUUGUGCUGAUCAGAUACUAUUACCAUGCAUUGACUACAUUAACUCUACACAACCACCAGACAUUUGCUGCAAUCCAAUUAAAGAUCUAUAUGCAACCCACAAAACAUGUUUCUGUCAACUUAUCGCAGCUUAUGGCUUAUUUGAAGCUUUUGGUUUGAAAAUUACUCAGGUUUUCCAAGUUAUAUACUUAUGUGGUAUCAACUUCAAUACCAGCUCCUGCAUAGCUUCUUCUCCAACUCUUCCCCUGUCGUCAUUGCAGCCCCCAGCAAUAACCAGAGGCGAUGAAGGAGGAGUUGCUGGCAAAGCUACUUUAACUAGAAUCUGCAUCAUCCUUUUUAUUUGGGCAUUUGUAUUGUUUCAUUAGGAAGAAGAAGGCACUGACGGAUCGAGAAAGUUGAUUUGGUGGAGCAAGAAAAUAGUCAAUGUGUUUUCACAUCCCAUUUUUUUUAAAGGGCACAUCCGAAAAAUAUAACAAAUGUUUUGAGACAUUUUUUUUAUUUUUAAGAUAUUAUAUAUUUUAAAAAUCAUUGUUUAUCAAAUAUAUCUCUCUAUAUGCAUUAAA